AUGUCUGUCUCUGAGCAUAAUAUCAAAACUGCUCUGAAGGCACCGAUAUAUGCGGAUGUCAAUCAUGCGCCCGUCACUAGUAUCUUGCCCGAGGGCGACCUCCCUUACACCGAUCAUGCGAUGGAUGCGGAUGAAAGAGUGAUCGUGGCCCUCGGAUACAAGCAAGAAUUCAAGCGCGAGUUUGGGCUAUGGACCACUUUCUGCGUGAGCUUCUCGGUACUCGGCUUGCUCCCCUCGUUCGCGAGUACAAUAUACUACGAAGGCAUGGGCUAUGCAGGAACUGCCGGUAUGGUCUGGGGGUGGAUUGUCGCCAUGUUGUUCAUCCAGUGUGUCGCGAUGUCUAUGGCCGAGCUAUGCUCCGCAAUGCCCACUAGCGGUGGUCUAUACUAUGCAGCGGCUGUCCUUGCACCACCAGGCUAUGGACCUUUUGCUGCGUGGAUCACCGGAUGGUCCAACUGGAUCGGGCAGAUCACCGCAGCACCGUCGGUCGACUACGCCCUAAGUGCCAUGAUCCUGGCGGCUGCCUCGAUCACAAACCCCGACUACGUGCCUACCAAUUGGCAAACCUUCUUGUUAACCACAUUCAUCAUGAUCAUUCAUACCGGGAUCAGCAGCAUGCCCACCCGGUGGGUUGCUCGAGUUAAUUCUUGGGGCUCAACGUUCAAUAUUCUCGCACUGAUCGUGACACUCAUCGCAAUUCCCGCGGGGACGACGAACGAGCCGAAAUUCACCCCCUCCAAGGAGGUCUGGGGCACUAUUACCAAUCUGACUGACUUUCCCGACGGAGUCGCGGUGCUCAUGACCUUUGUUGGUGUUAUCUGGACGAUGUCUGGGUACGACUCGCCCUUUCAUCUCAGCGAGGAAUGCUCCAACGCCAACAUUGCCUCGCCGCGGGCGAUUGUCAUGACCUCUGGAGUGGGGGGAGUGUUUGGCUGGUUCCUGCAGCUCGUGGUCGCCUACACGGUGACCGACAUCAACGCUGUUCUGGACUCUGAUCUGGGACAGCCAUGGGCAUCCUAUCUGUUGCAGGUCCUUCCGCAGAAGAUUGCGCUGGCUGUUCUAGCUCUCACCAUAAUCAGCGGCUUCUCCAUGGGCCAGGGUUGCAUGGUAGCCGCAUCCCGAGUCACUUACGCCUACGCUCGAGAUGACUGCUUCCCUCUGUCGGGCAUCUGGAAGAAGGUCAACACCCACACUCAGACACCCGUCAACGCGGUCAUCCUCAAUGGGGUUCUUGGGAUUUUGAUGUGUCUCCUAAUGCUGGCCGGUUCCACGGCCAUCGGAGCCCUGUUCUCGAUCGGUGCCAUCGCGCAGUUCUUUGCCUUUGCUGUUCCCAUUGCCAUCCGGGUAUUCUUUGUAGGGAAUCGGUUUCGCAAGGGACCCUGGCAUCUGGGUCCCUUCGGCCCCUGGAUCGGGGGCGCGGGCGUGGCGUUCGUCCUCCUCAUGAUCCCAAUCCUUUGUCUCCCCAGCGUCACCGGCAGCGACCUGACUCCCGAUCUGAUGAACUGGACGUGUCUGGUCUGGGGCGCGCCGAUGCUGGCGGUGGUCAUCUGGUGGUUCAUCGACGCGCACAAAUGGUUCAAGGGUCCCGUCGUCAACGUGGAGCAUGCGAUCCACGCCGUCCAGGACCAAACGAUCAUCGACGGACUGGGGGAGGAUGACGAAGUCGUUGGCCACGAGGCAGAACCGGCGCAUCCGUCGAGUAAGUCUUCUGCGAAGUAG